CAAAUAUAAUAAAUAUAAUAAGUUAUUUGGCAUGUUAAUCAAUGCGCGGGUUAAUAUAAAGAACUAUAUAUUUUAUUGUUUUAAAAUCUAUUAUUUGACACAGGUGUUAGCUUGAGGCUGGUAUUAAUCAUUUUUUCUGCUGUCUCUUGUAUGAAAAAUAAUACAUUUUAUGUCUCGAGCUAAAAUAAGUCAAUAUGGUUAAAAUAAAAUAUAUUUUAUAUACGUUGAUACUGUUUAUAAUAGUGAUAUUUAAUGUAAAAGCAAAAUCACCGACAGGAAUUUAUUUGGAUAAUGGUGUACAAACAGUCAAACAAGAUCUCAUGACUAUCGAAGAACGCAAUGAAGUCGAAAAAGAGAUACUUAAUAUGUUCGGCGUUCCAAAAAAACCAAGGAAGUCACCUAAAAACUUAGAAGGAUCAGCUCCACAAUUUUUAUUUGAUGUUUACAGAUCUAUUCAACAAGAUGGUUCUUUAAACAGAAAAACUAGAAGUGUUUCAGAUAUUGGCCUUUAUGAUGAUCGUACUGUUCAAGAUAGUGAUGUCAUUUUAACUUUAUAUUUGUCAACUCAUUCACCAAUAAGUAAUGUGAGGCAUGAACACGGCAAAAGAAUUCUAUUUGAAUUAAAUGACAUACCUACUGAAGAAACACACAUUGUGACUUCAGCAGAAAUCCAUUUAUAUCAAUCUGGUAACUUUUCUGAUGGAAAAAUAUUUGCUGUGACUUUAUAUCAAGUUUUAAUCAAAGAUAAUGGAGAAAAAGCAUUGAGAUUUGUUGACACUCAAAAUACAACUAGUGAUUAUAGUGGAUGGCUUCGAUUUAAUGUUACUGGUGCUUUAAUAUCAUGGACACAUUAUUUAUAUCCCAACCGAGGAUUGUAUGUAUCAGUUCAUUCAUUUGAUAAAGAAGAUCAUGAAAUAAAACCAGAAGAUGUUGGUAUGGUUACUUGGGCUGAUAAGCAUCAAUUAUCAGAAGCAAAAAAACCAUUUAUGGUAGUUUAUUUAAAAGCCAUAAAUGGUGGUAAUAUAGUUGGUGGGCUUUCUUUCCAAAAACAAUAUAGAAGACAUAGAAGAAAAACUUUUGAAAGUAGUUAUAACUCAAAUCCUUUUCAAAAUUUUGCAGAUGGUUUUCAAUCUAAAAGUUGUCAAAUACAAACAUUAUAUGUUAGUUUUAGGGAUCUUGAAUGGCAAGAUUGGAUAAUUGCUCCUGAUGGAUAUGGUGCAUUUUACUGUACUGGAGAAUGCAAUUUUCCACUCAAUGCUCACAUGAAUGCUACUAAUCAUGCAAUUGUUCAGACAUUAGUUCAUUUAAUGAGCCCACUUCAAGUACCAAAACCAUGUUGUGCACCAACAAAAAUGGCUCAACAAGCAGUUUUAUUUUUUUUGGAGGAUAAUAAUGUCAUAUUAAAAAAGUAUAAAAAUAUGAUUGUUAAGAGCUGUGGUUGCCAUUAAUCAGUUUUUUAUAAACAAUAUCUUUUUCACAUUAAUGGCAUUGACUCUAAGUUGUGUGACAAAUAAAUUGAUACAUUCAAAUUGUAAUAUAUGUAAAAUUUUAUAGUUUUAAAACAUUGUUAAACAAAAUAAGGUAUAAUUUUUAGAUGAUAAGACUAUUUACUUUAUAUCUCUGAAAAUUAUUGACAGAGUAAAAUUUAAAGUUAGUAUAAUUGAGAACAUGAUUUGUAAAUAUCCCUUUAAAAAUAAAUUAUUUUUUAUUCUGUAGGGUAUAAAUUGAAUAUUUUAUAUCAAUAUAUUUAUUAACUAUUUGUGAAUAUCUAAUAUUUUAUAACAGUAAAAAUGAGGUUAUUUUUUAACUGUAUAAUAAUUAUUAAUUUAACUACUUACAGUAAUUAUUUUUUUGUUUAAAUGUUUGUAGUAUUAGCUGAAUAUUAAAACAACCACUAAUUUAAGUUAAAAUAUAAAUAAUAAAAUAGCAACAGCUAGUUAUUUCAUUGGUUUCAUCCCUUAUUGUGUAGUAAUUGACAUUUUUAAUAAAGCUAAUAGUGAUAAUAUUGUCAACUAAAAAUAACUAUAAACAAUCUGUAUCAUGAAAUAUAAAAUAUAUAUUUUUUACUUAUUAGAUAAUUUAUCAAUAGUAGGCGAGCACUAUUUUACAACUUUAUAACUUAUAAUUAUUCUUUUUUUAAAUUGUUAAAUAAAAAAACAAACCAUUUUAUUUAUGAGGCAGCAGAUUUUUAUAUUAAUUCAGUUAUUUGUUAUAAUUUUGUUUUUAUUAAAUAACAAAACUGUGUUAAAGAAUUUCUAUAUUCAUCGUAAAGGAUUUUAAUUUAUUAAUGUAUAAUUUAAAGUACUUUAAUUAUAUAGAAAUAUCAAAUGCAAACCAAUAAAUUAAUUAAAAGUAAAUAUUAAUUAUAAUAUAUUAUUUUUUUUAAAACUUUA